UGUUGUGUACUUGAGCAUAACUCAAACCGCAGAUUCCUCCACUUUCCCAUAGCUCCCAGUCCCACCAGUGCAAUCCGCUACCUGGCCACUAAGUGCAUUAAUCGCCACAGGACGCUGGGCUGGCUCAUGCCGUGGGGAUCAAACCGGUGCCAGCAGAUCCAUAGUUUCGAUGAGCCUCUUGCAAAAAUAGUGGAUGCCAACGAUAUAGUGUUUGCUGUGCAUGUUCCUCUUCCUGACACGGAGAUGAGUCCCUGGUUUCAGUACAUGCUGGCUGUGCUUCAGUUUGACAUUGCGUUCAAAAUGAUCAAUCCGAUCGAAGAUGAUGUCAUCGUCACUAUUGAUGCUCGCCUGGCACACAGAGAUGAUUUGAAGUCAGAGUGGAACACAAAGUUUCACUCAGUCGAGCAGCGGCCACUGAAGUGUACCUUUGAAGUUGCAAAGACGUAUGAAAAUGAAGGGCGUUUUUAUCAGUGUGACCCCGUACCGUUCAUGGAGCUAGGAAGUGUGGCACAUAAAUAUUUCCUCAUUAACCUGCGCCUGCCGGUGAAUGACACGGUCAACGUUGGCAUUGGAGACAUAAAGGACGUCCAUGUUGUGGGCAUACACCAGAACGGAGGCUUCACUAAAGUGUGGAUCAGCAUGAAGACUGUGUUCACGCCCUGGAUCUCCAUGGAAACGGUUUGGUACUGGCGCAGGAUCAGCCUCAUGGCAAGACCUCCAGUCCUUUUGGAAAAGGUGAUUGUUGCUCUCGGCAUCUCUAUGACGUUCCUGAACGUGCCGGUGGAGUGGCUCUCUCUGGGCUUCGAGUGGACGUGGAUGCUGCUGUAUGAAGAUGUUCAACAGGGCGUCUUCUACUCCGCCCUCUUCUGUUUUUGGAUCAUCUUCUGCGGUGAACAUCUCAUGGACCAAAGUCGGAGGAAUCGACUCUCAGCGUACUGGUGGCAGCUUGGGCUGGUGGUGUUUGGCUCUUCUGUUCUCCUCAUGUUCGACCUGAGUGAACGGGGGGCUCAUUUGGCCAACCCUUUCUACAGUGUUUGGGCAUCAGAAACUGGGACAAGAGUGGCAAUCUCUUUCAUUAUCGUGGCAGGGAUUUCUGUUUGCCUGUAUUUCCUCUCCCUCUGUGGCAUGGUGCGCUGUGUGUUCAGGAACAUUGGAGGGAAAAUGCAGCAACUUCCUGCAAUGCCAGAGGCUAAAAGACGACACUACAAGGGGAUCAUCUUCAGGUUCAAGUUUUUGAUGCUGGUUACUCUAGCAUGUGCAGCUAUUACUGUCAUCUUCUUCAUCUUAAAUCAAGUGAGUGAAGGUCACUGGCAUUGGGGAGACUUCACUCUGCAGGCCCAGAGUGCUUUUGUCACAGGGGUCUACGGCAUGUGGAACCUGUAUGUUUCAACCAUUAUGUUCCUCUAUGCCCCCUCCCACAAGUUCAACAAACAGAGGCCUCGACGACGCAGUCGACUAACAGAUAUGCUGGAGAAGCCGGAAAGCCAAGAGACCCAGCUGACAUUGGAAGAGCAGGGGCCAACCGAGACGUACAGGAUCACAGGAAAGGUGGCUGAGGAAUAAAGAAAAACUCCAUCUAGUUCAUGAAGCUAGUUUAUUUUACUGGUGUGGUUUCUGUAAGGUUUUAACCAAAUAAUGAACAUUGCAAUACAGACUGUUUAAAAUACAGUUACUUUCACAAACACAGUGACAUGGAUAGAAAGGCGCAGAGGAGAAGUGAACGCUGAAUAUAAAAUAUGAUUCCAUUUGAAGCUUAGAUAUGCUGGGCAAACUGUGGGAAAUUAGUUACAAUCGUUUGAAUAAUAAAAGUAACAUGGACCUUACAUUUAAUACCAAGGGGAUGAUGGGGGUUCAUAUGGCCUUGCAGCAAGUUUCUACCCUCGGGGCGGCCGCUCAACUCUAACAGCAUCCAAAGUGUUGGACUGUAAUUUACUUCUUAAGCUUAAGGGCACAUAAAUAAAACUGUAUGAGAUAUCAUGGCUUAAUGUCAACCACUAGUAUUUGACCCUUUAAAAUGUUUUAAGUCCUCCCUACACAGUGAUUUGAGUUGUGAACACUAAAAAGUUCUGAAACAAUUUAGGGCGAUAUUAAUAGCAUGGAUUUGGUUUUGGAUUUACACAUUUACUUUGCAAGUUAUACAAAUCUGUGUUUUUGUUGUUUUCAAUCUAUCCUAA